AUGUCCGUCACCAAGAUGGAUCUCUCCAUUGCGGAGAAGAAAGCCUACGAUUUUCUCGUUCGUCAAGAAGAAGCCAAACGUUGGAUCGAAGAGCUCGUACAGGAAAACCUUCCUCCAGGAACUGCAAACUUUGGUGAAAACUUGCGAGAUGGUAUCUUCUUGGCCAAGUUGGGAAAGAUCUUUGCUCCAACUGCCAUCAAGAAGAUUAAUACACCCAAGAGUGGAAGUGUGUUGGAAUUUAUGGCUGUUGAUAACAUUACGCAAUUCUUUGAAGCUUGUAAGAAGGUGAACUUUCCUGAUCACUAUGUGUUUGAGGUCACUGACUUGUGGGAACUCAAGAACAUUUACAAAGUCGUUCACUGUCUCCAUACUCUCUCUCUUCACUUGUAUCGUAACGGUCUUGCCAUUCGUAUGCAAAACUUACAAAAGGCCAACUUGAAAUUCUCUCGUGAAGAAAUUGAAAAGACUCAAAAGUUGAUUGAAGACAUUGCCGAUAACGCCAUGGCUUUCCCAGUCGAUAUUGAAGAAGUUGGAGAUGAAGGAACUGAUUCUUCCAUGGAUGAUGUUUUGGAAGAUUUGGCAGAUCCUUCCAUGUGUGAUGCUGAAGGAGAUGGUUUGACAAGAGCUACUGCUGGUAUUGAAGCUUCAUUUACCAUUACUGCUCGUGACUCAGAUGGUCAAGUAUUGACUGAAGGAAAUGAGACAUUCCGUGUGACUUUGUUUAGUGUGAAUUUGGAGUCGUCGUCGAGUGCUGAAAGUGGAAAUAGUGAUGCAGCUGCUCAUGAACGUGUUGUAAUUCAAGCUCAAGUGAAGAAUAAUAAUAAUGGAACUUACUCGGUCUCUUAUACACCAGAGAAAGCUGGUCAAUACCGAAUGGAAUUGGUCUUGUGGGAUGAAGAGACUCAAGAAGAAGUCGAUCAAUUGUCAAAGGUCUCUCCACAAAAUGUCACUGUCUUUUCAAAUCCAAAAUCUGAUCCAUCCAAGAGUGUUUUAGACGGAGCUGGUAUUGGUACUGCUGUUGCUGGUGUCAAGACUGAAUUCACCUUGACUUCCUUUGAUAAAUAUGGAAAUUUGGGACGUGGAGGUGAAAAGUUUUCUGCAAAACUCACUUCUGGUUCCGAAGUUGUGGCAUGUGAUGUUGAAGAUUUGGGUCAAGGAAAGUAUCGUUUCUCCUACACUUGUCCAAAGAGUGGUGACUAUUCAUUGAAUGUGAAAUUGGAAGAUGUUGACGUUGCUACUAAGAGUGUGGUUGUGAAGGAUGCUGGUAUUUCUGAUCCUUCUCAAACUGAAUUCAGUGAUAUUGACUCUGUUUUGGAUAAGAAAGCUGGUGAAGUUUCUAAAUUCACAAUUCUCGCCAAAGACAAGCACGGAAAUGAUCGUUCCUCAGGUGGUGAAAAGUUCCAAGUGUUCCUUUUAGAUCCACAAACUCAACAAGUUCAUCUCCAAGCAGAUGUCAGAGAUUCUAACGAUGGUAAAUAUCAUGUGGAAUAUACUGCCAACACAAGUGGCAAGUAUUUGUUGCAAGUCAAACUUGGUGACGAACAAGUCACUUCCAAGAACGUCGCCAUUCAUGAUUCAGGCGUGACUGAUCCUUAUCAAACCACAUUUAGAGCUGCUGAGAAUUAUAAACAUUUUCCAGCUGGAUCUCCACUUCAAUUCCAUGUUGAAGCAAGAGAUCGUUUCGGAAACAAGCGUGAAACUGGUGGUGACACUUUCAUUCUCCAAUUCACAUCCAAGGCCACUAUGGAAGCUCUUGCUGGAGAUUUGAUUAAAUUCACUGACAAUCAAAAUGGUGAAUAUACAUUCGACUAUACCAUUGAACAAUCUGGUGAAUACGGAAUGGAAGUUUUAUUGAAGGAAAGUGUUGAUUCCCGUUCUGAGGGUGGUAGUGAUUCUACCUCCUUGUUGAAGGCCUUCUUGAGAAAGUACAAGUACACAAACAUUCCAGGAUUCCCUGCAACUGUUUUCGUAGAUGAUAGUGGUCGAACUGAUCCACAACGAACUCAAUUCGCUGGUGAUGGUGUUUCCAAUGCUGUUCAAGGAAAGGAAUCUGAAUUUGUCAUCAAGACUAGAGACAACUUUAACAACAUUCGUCAAAGUGGAGGUGACAAGGUUGAAGUCACAGUUUCCAAUGAAGCUAGAAAGAUUGAUAUUGCUGCUACUGUGAAGGAUAACCAAGACGGUACUUAUACUGUUGUGUAUACACCAAAGGCAUCAGGAAAGACCAAACUCAUUGUCAAGAUUAAUGACGUUCUCGUUGAUUCUGACAUUUUGAGAGGUGGUGUGUUCGUUUCUCCUCCAAAUAUUGAAGAUACUUCCAUGCUUGACACCAUUUUGGAUCAUGACUUGUUGUCUGCCUUGUUGAAUGCUUUCAAGGUUGAAAACGAUUCUGAUAGCUUGAUUGAAAAGAUUCAAAAACUCCGUGAAGAACUCAUCAAACAAAUCAGAGAGAACACUCGUAUUGAGGAAAAUGUUCGUGACAAGGACAGAAAGAUUGCAUUGCUCGCUGAAAACAGAUACGAUGCUGAAACUAUUUUGAACCAAAAGGGAGGUAUUGUUGGCUUCUUCCAAAGAAGAAAACAACGUGCUGCUGAAGAAAAUGCCAAUGUUGACUCCAAGGACAAGUUUAACAUUAAGGAUUAUGUCGAUUACUACAGCAGCUUGUUCUACUUGCUUCAAACCAAUCCAAAGUAUUUGGCCAAGUGUUUGUUCUUGGUUCCUGCUCGUGACAUGGACCAAUUCAUGCAAACUGUCACACUUACCUUGUACGGUUAUGCCUUCUCUCCUCGUGAAGAAUACUUGAUUUUGAACUUGUUCAAUGAGACACUCUCUCUCGAAAUUCAAAACAGUUCCAUUGACAACUUCUUGAACAAUAACCCAGUAUUGAUUAAGUUGGUCGUUAACUAUUGCCACGAACGUAUUCAAGGCAAACAAUUCUUACAAAAGGUUCUCUAUGACAAGAUUUUGGAACCAAUCAUUGAAGAGAAGGACUUGAACUUGAACCUCAACGCUGUGACAAUUUUGAAGGAAAGAAUUUCUCAACAAGAAGUUGAAACUGGUGUCAAGAGUGACAUCAAUAUCAAGGACAUGACUUAUGAAAAGGCCAUGCAAGAUGAAUAUGUCAGCAAGUUGGUUCAACAACGUACUAAGAAGAUGAUUGACAUUUGUCAAAGCGUUUUGGACACCCUCAAUGACAAUAUUGCUGAAUUGCCAUACGGUUUAAGAUAUGUCUGUAGACAAUUGAAGACCAUGCUCACCAAGAAGAACCCAGAAGCUCCAGAAGAAGACGUUAACCGUGUCGUUUCCUACUUAUUGUUCUUUAGAUUCCUUAACGGUCCAUUCUGCGGCUGUGACGCUUACAACUUGACCAAGAAGAAGAUUUCUGCAAGCAUGAGAAACAACUUGGCUUGGAUUUCUAAGGUUUUGAUGCGUGUCUCUACAUUUAAGGAAUUUGACAAGACCUUUGAUAUUCACUUUUGUGUCAUGAACGAUUGGAUUCAACAAGCCAUUCCAUCCUUUGUUGACAAAUUCUUAAAACCAGCCAUUACCAUUCCAGAACCUGAGGAACAACUUGGUGUUCACCAAUUCAUUGAACUCACUCAAAAGAAAUCCCCAACCAUUACCAUUACUUUGAACGAAAUUGCUCAAACUCACAGUUUGUUGGUCAAAUUCAUGAACAGAAUUGCUCCUGAUGAAAAGGAUCCAUUGCGUGAAGUUUUGGAAAAGAUGAAAGACAAGGUUCCAGAACAAGUUGAAGCAUCCAAGAAUGAAGAAAUUAGUUUACCACUCCAAGUUCGAACCAAUAUUGAGAAUUUGGAUCUCGAAGUGAAACCUGAACAAUUAUACGAAAUUACCAAAGAGAGUUUCCGUACCUUGUUGCGUAUUAUCACUCCACAACAAUUGGGUGACAAUGUUGCUGAGACUAUUGAAAAGGCAGACAAGUAUGCUGAUGAUUUGAUCAAUGCCAAGUCAGCAGAUGGAGCUCAACUCAAGAGAAAGGUCGAAGAUUUGAGAAAACAUUUACCAAAAUUGGUAGAAGCUGAAAUUCUCUCUAAAGAAAAUGGAUACAGAAGGUUAUUGACCGACAUUACCAAAGAAAUUCAAAACAGAGGAGAAGUUAGAAAGAAGCAAGCUCGUGAAUUAGAACGUCUCUCUGACAGCUUAAAGUCCUUGAAAGAACAUCAAACCUUCCUCAAAGAAAAGGACAAGAGUUUGGACGACUACAUGCAACAAACUCUUCGUAACUAUUAUGAAAGCAAGAAUAAGAGAAAGCAAAAAUCUGGCAAGAAACAAGUCUACAAAUUCAGUUACGAACAAUUGUAUGAAAAGUAUAAGGUCAUUGCCGAAAUGACUGAAGGAGGAGUUUUGAAGAAGAAGAUUAAAUUCCACAUCAGUAUGGAUGAAGCAAAUCCAGGUUUCUUCACAGUCGAAGCGAAAUUAGCUGGUGCUGAAUUGAAGACAAUUAAUUUGAGAUUGGAUGAACUUUUGGAUAAGCGAGGAAAGGGUGAACAAGUACUCAAAUUGGAUGGUGUUUCGUUGAAUGUGAAUAUGACCAUCCACAUGAUGAACAAACUCUUUGUUUCCAAGUAA